AUGGCCCCGGGCGACCGCUUGAGUGCGCUGUCGCACUGCACCCGUGGGGGCACCAUCAGCUAUGGGCCUGCAAGAGCCAGGAAGCCAAUUCCGGCCAAGGCCCCGGAAUCAGUAUCGGCAUCAGCCUUCGACACGCCACUCUUCGCUGCCACCCAGGAGCCCGAGCCUCUUCCACAAGAUGACGAAGGCUUUGACGUCGUGGACGAAGUCCCGGAGCUGCCGGCGGCGGCAGCCACCACGAGGCCCAGAUACCUCGGGCAGUACUUCGGCAACUGCGUGGCAAGGCUCGAUAGCUCCAGCGAAAGGGCCAGCUUAGCUCCGCCGCUGCCUUCGGGGGAGCCGAAGGCGAAGGCAUACACGCCAGCGAAAACGCUGGGACAGGGCGUGGCCCCAUCUUACCACCAUCCUCCGAAGUGGUCCUUCGGGGGCGGUAAGUCGCGCUGCGACUCGCCAGAGCCGAUCCCGCGGAGCCAGUCCACCGGGAGCCUGGCCUCCCUUCGCAACCGACCCUCGAAGCGAAGAACUCUGAGCCGGGGCUUUGGCGGCGCCUCGCGAGGGGACAUCGUUGGGAGGGGCACAGCGACGCCCGGACCGGCGGCCUACAACCUCCACCGUGUCUGCGACAAGGAGCCUUCCUGGUCGAGCUCUGCGCGAGUCCCUUGGGGCAACCGCACAGGAGGCCGCUCUGAGAACACGCUGCAAGUGUCGGAGGUAGGCCCCGGAGAGUUCACGGCACACCAUGGCAUUCCCUUCGGCCCCACUGCGAAGAUUGGCCAGCGCUUGAAAGAGAUGCCGGACUCUCGCAUCGACUACCCGGCCGCCGGCCACUACAAGCUGAAGCCCACAGUAG